GCGGAGAGCCCACACCGCAGCAGCAGAGCAGGGCAGUGCAGGUGGCGCUGAGGCUGUGGAGCUGGGCCAUGCCCAAGCGGGAGCAGCUGCAGGAGCAGUGCGAGACGGAGGAGGAGCUGAUGGAGGUGUGGCAUCGGUCCGCCUCAGCCAUCUGGCGAUCCGUGGCUUGCGGAGGUAUGCUGCUGGGGCUGGGGACUGGUGCGUCGGAGGCUCAAGUCUAGUGUGGUCCGGAGUGGUGACGAGGUGGGCUAGGCCUCUAGGAGCUGAUGGAGGUGUGGCAGCGGUCCGCCUCGGCCAUGUGGCGAUCCGUGGCGUGCGGAGGUAUGGUGCUGGUGGUAAAGGGUUUGGGGGAUAUGGUGCUAGCAGUUAA